ACUGUUGAGCUUAUGCUGACAGGGAUAGAAAUGGAACUUUGUGGUCCUCACUCCACACACAUGAUUCUCCUUUCUUUUUUUCUCCUUAUCUCUGGGUCUUUUUUAUUCUUCUUCUUUGUUGUUGAAACCUCUUCAUUUCAUUCAUCUCCUUAAUUGUUUUCUCUUGUUUUCUGACCAAACCAAAAAAUGGCAACAAGCAAAGCUGAUGGGAAGAGGAGCCUGAAGGAAAUGACGGAGGAUGAAGAAGAGGAUGAGGAUGAAGAUAGUACUGGUGCUAUAGGGUUUGGAGAUGAUGAAAAGAAGAAGAAAGGCAAGAGAGAAUCUAGUGCGGUGAGAACACUGCCUGGUUGUCAGGUCGAGAAUUGCACUGCUGAUAUGACCGAUGCCAAGAGGUACCACAGGCGCCACAAGGUCUGUGAGAUCCAUGCCAAGGCUGCGAUGGUUCCAGUCGCUGGACUCCAUCAACGCUUCUGCCAACAAUGUAGCAGGUUUCAUGAGUUAUCAGAGUUCGAUGAAGGAAAAAGGAGUUGUCGAAGGCGAUUGGCUGGACACAAUGAGCGGCGCCGGAAAAGCUCAUCUGAAUAUCAUGGAGAAGGCUCAAAUUAUUAACCAGCUAGAAGCCAAGCGGAAGAUAUAUUUAAAAAAAAAAAAGUCAUCUUAACUCUCCAAUUAUGCUAUAUAUAGAAGGCCUUUUUCCAAUUCUCAUGAAAAAUCAAUUUAGAUGUAACAAUAUGGAUCCUAAGCAUGCUCUCUCUCUUCUGUCAAUCUUAACCCCUAAAUCAUUAACUGCUUCAUGCUCUACCUCCUAUUAUCUGCAUGAAAGUGAAUCUAUCUUUAU